CCUCGUCUUUCAAACACGUGAGCAAGCAACUACGCUCUUCUCGCUCUCUUUCUUGCUCCCUUCAAAGUCUCUUCUUCCACGUUUUUCAAUCAAUUCAAUUCAAUUCCGUUUCCAUCUUUUUCUUUGCCCUUGAGUUUGAUUUCAUCUUCCUCUCCUCCUCCGUCCUCUUCUCUCUGCUUUUUACCCAUCUUCAUCACUCCUUAUCUUUACUUCUUCACAGGAGCCUAACGGUAAAUCCAUUCACGCCAAAAAGACACUUUUUGUUUGAAUCUCGAGAAUCCCAAAACGCACAGCUCAGAUUUGCUGCCAAUUUCGACGGAUUAAGCAAAGAAAAUGCCGUCUCAUAUCCUGCCCAUUACAAAUCGACCUUCGUAUUCUUCGUCUGCUUCCGCUGCCACAAUGUUAAUUAAACCUGCAGACGAUGACCCGUCUUCGGGUCUCCUCAUUUCUUCGCGAUUUGAAGACGAAAGUGUUGCGAACGUUAAGCCCCUUCUCUCCCGCUCCUCCAGCUUCUCUUCUACUUCCAGUCAUUCGAUGGGUAAUAAUGCUAACGUUCACCAGAAACGACGUCGCCGUACCGCAAGUGAGAACUCCUUGUCGUCUUCCUCGAGCGGUGGAAGUCGCCGAUCUUCUUUGGGCGAGGAUGUUAGCCAUGUUGCUUCGGAGACCUUUUUAGUCACUCGAUUGGGCUUGAAGUUGUUACGAUAUCUUGGGGUAGGCUAUAGAUGGAUUACAAGAUUUCUUUCGCUUGGUUUUUAUUCAAUGCUGCUCUUCCCAGGCUUUGUUCAAGUUGGAUUUUACUAUUUCUUCUCCAGUCAUGUACGCAGAAGCAUAGUCUAUGGAGACAAACCACGAAAUAGACUUGACUUGUAUUUACCUAAAAAUAAUGACGGCCCAAAGCCAGUUGUUGCCUUUGUUACUGGUGGAGCCUGGAUUAUCGGCUACAAAGCAUGGGGAUCUCUUUUAGGUCAGCAGUUGUCAGAGAGAGAUAUCAUGGUGGCAUGCAUAGAUUACAGAAAUUUUCCUCAGGGGACCAUGAGUGAUAUGAUAGAUGAUGCUUCUCAAGGUAUCUCAUUUGUGUGCAACAAUAUUGCAGAAUAUGGAGGUGACCCUAACAAGAUUUUCCUGAUGGGGCAGUCAGCAGGUGCACAUAUUGCUGCUUGUGCUCUCGUGGAACAGGCAAUUAAAGAGGCUGGUGAAGGAGAGAAUAUCUCUUGGAGUGUCUCCCAGAUCAAGGCUUAUUUUGGUUUAUCUGGAGGGUACAAUUUGCUGAACCUUGUAGAUUACUUCCACAGUAGAGGUCUUUAUCGUUCUAUCUUUCUAAGCAUAAUGGAAGGGGAGGAAUCCCUGAGGCGGUUUUCUCCAGAAUUAAGGGUUCAAGAUCCAAAUGUUGUGAAUGCUGCUUCUCUCCUACCUCCUAUAGUUCUAUUUCAUGGUACUGGGGAUUACUCCAUACCAUCAGAAUCCAGUACAUCCUUUGCUGAAACUCUUGAAAGACUUGGAGUUAAAGCUGAAGCAGUUUUAUAUGAAGGCAAAACUCAUACUGACUUGUUUCUUCAGGAUCCAAUGAGAGGGGGUGAAGAUGAUAUGUUUAGGGAUUUAGUAGGGUAUAUCCAUGCUGAUGAUGCAGUGGCACGUGGCAGGGAUGCAGCAGCUCCUCCAAGGAGACGCCUUGUGCCAGAAUGCAUGAUCCGAUUGGCUCGUAGAGUUAGUCCUUUCUAACCUUACCAUUUGAUUUGGUAUGUGACAUUUAUUUUGUACAUAUAACACCAUAUAUUGUAGCCCUCUAUAAGUUUAGGGCACUCUCAGGUUAUGGUCAAUAACUCAUUCUUCUUAUAUCUGAGGCCAGAAUAUUUUAUAUUCCCUGUGAGAAUCAAAUCUUGUGCUCAAAUUUCUGUCUGCAAUAUAUCUCUUGGCCAUAAGAUCAUGGCAGUUUUCUUUC